AUUCCGCUGGAAGGUUUGCAGAGAACGGGAGGAGAGAAACGGAUGGGGGGCAGCCGAUGUGCGGGUCCUACCAUAGAUAUCCGUUACUGAUGGGCCGUUUCUGGCUUUCUGCGCGCAGAAGUUUUGGCCCGUUCAGGUGGAAGUGACCGAAAAGGAACGAGUCUGGGCCUAUUUGUUGUGGACCAAGCCAACGGCUUGUUCUCGCCGGCCCAUGGUAUAACAGCAAACUAGAAUUGAGCCCAAAUAUCCUGCUAAUUAUAUCUCCAGAGUAUGGCAUGGCACCCUUCUAAGCCCAGUGACAGCGACACAACACAAGUCAAAGGAUUUUUCAGCUGGAUUAGACACUGACGUGUGGACCCAACUCACAACCCCAUAUUAAAUCUCAACCGUACAACCAGACGUGGACGCCGCUGAUGAAUCAUCCGGCAUAUCUACGAACCGUCAUGGCGCGUAUGAUCGAAUACCCCGUUCACACCCGCACAUGCCUGACACCCUGGCCCCCUACCUGAACCCGACGCCUCUCUCCCUCUCAUCUCCCUCUCCCACCUCUUGCUUCUCGCGUUCGUGUCGGCUCGCACGUGAGAUCGGGGGAAGGGAGGUGGUGGACUGGUGGUUGUUAACCCGUCGGCGGUGAGGCUCGGGGCGGUUCCCGGGCUCGGAUCCGCGGCCUGGCCCAUGGGAUCCGAAGGCUUCGUGGCCGCGGCGGCCGCGUGCCCGGCCGCCGCCGGGGCCUUCGCCAAGUACUACGGUAUUGUGUCAGGAGGUACAAAUGCGAAGGCAAGACAAGGAUUGGUUGAGCUUUCACAAGCUAUAGAUGGAAUCGAAGGAAUGAGAGAUGCGAUGUUUGCAGAUGUGCCAAAUCUGAUGCCAUUUAUUGAUUUGGAGGAUACAGGUCUAUUUAGUUGCUUCUAUGACUUUGUCUUCUUCAUCUGUCGUGAAAAGGGGCAAAAGAGUAUCACCAUUCAGAGAGCUGUAGCAGCAUGGAAGAUUGUUCUAAAUGGAAGGUUCCGGUUGCUUGAUCGAUGGUGUAAUUUUGUUGAGAAGUACCAACGUCACAACAUAUCUGAGGAUACCUGGCAGCAGCUGCUAGCUUUCAGCAGGUGUGUAAAUGAAGACCUGGAAGGUUAUGACCCACGAGGUGCUUGGCCUGUUCUGAUUGAUGAUUUCGUGGAGCAAAUGCACAGAAUUUAUCACUCCACCGACUGCAGCAGUGCAAUGGAAUCACAAUGUACCAUUUCCAGUACAUUUAAAGGACUGGACCUUCUACCUGGAUCAAAGAGGAAAUGUCCUUCUCACUUUAGAUCCAAUGAGGACGAUGUAGAGCUUUCAGAUAGUUUUACACGCUCUGUCCAUCUUACACCAAUAAAGCGACUCAAGGAAAGUCAUGGCACUAGUUAUGGAAUGGGGGAAUCCCACAAAGGUACCCAUUUCUCUGAUAGUUCCUCAGACUACCGCGAGGAUACAAAUUUGCACAACCCAAGGGGCUGUCUUCAGAACUCGCCUUGUAAUGUUGAGGAUGCCCUGUCAAAAGGGUUCGAGGGUUGCAUUUCAAUGAAAUGCUCCUUUUGAUAUAACCAAGAAUGCAUAGGUUAGUCAUUUUGUGGCCCAUAAACUGCAUACAUUCCCAACUUCAGUGGUACUGUCAUUUUUUAGCCCAAAUGAUGCUGUUAUACAACUCGCGAUGAAGUAUGUGCAAUUCAUGUAUAUUUUCUUUAA